CGCGCGCUCCGCGCGUGACGGCCGCUGCGAUAGUGACCUAACGAAGCCCCAACCGCCGCCGGGCCUCCCUGUGUUCCCCCGGAGUUGUACGCCGGCAGUCGGCGGCGGCCCGGACCCGCCCCGAUGGCGGCGGAGGGGGAGGCGGACGUGGAGUGGGUGGUAGACAGCAUCGCCGGCUUCCUGCGCGGGCCCGCCUGGUCCAUCCCCAUCCUGCAGUUCCUGGAGCAGAAGUGCGCGGUUUUUGAUGAUGAAGAAGAAAGCAAGUUGUCCUAUACGGAGAUUCAUCAGGAGUACAAAGCUCUGGUUGAAAAACUGCUAGAAGGUUAUCUUAAGGAAAUUGGAAUUAAUGAAGAAACAUUUCAAGAAGCGUGUUCAUCUCCUCUUGCAAAGUCACAUACAUCACAGGCCAUUUUGCAACCAGUGCUGGCAGCAGAAGAUUUUAGAUUAUUUAAGGAAAUGAUGGUACAGAAAAACAUUGAAAUGCAGUUGCAAGCCAUUAGAAUCAUUCAAGAAAGAAAUGGUGUGCUACCUGACUGUUUGACAGAUGGUUCUGAUGUGUUCACUGAAAUUGAACAACAAGAAAUGAAAAUACUCAGAGAGGUUCUUAGGAAGUCUAAGGAGGAGUAUGAAAUGGAGCAAGAAAGGAAAAGGUCUAAAGAGACACAUGAAAAAUUGAAGUCAUCAGAUGUUACAUAUGGCUGUCCCGGAUAUUCAAGAGAAGCAAAAGUUAAGGAAUCCACUGAAGAGAUUGAGAAAGUUGAUGAUUUUGAAGAAAUUGCAAAAUUAUCAUUAGAAGAAACAAACAAACCUACUAAGGAAGAUUUAAGACCUGUGCAUCCUCUGCUAAGAGUGAUAGAACCUCCUCCGCAACCUUCUGAGCCUACCAAAGUGAAAGAAGAAAUUAAGAAAAAGGGAACUGGAAAUUGUUCAGAGAAUGCAACAAGAGAAGCUAGGCCUGAGGGAUUUAAUUUAUCAGAGCUUGAACCGCACCACCUCAGACAGCGAGAAGACUAUUUAAAACAGAAGCGAGAUACACUGAUGGCUAUGAAGAAGGAAUCAAGAAAUAAUCUACCAACACCAAAUAUAGAUCAGAAAGAAGAGGCAUUAUCUUCUAAAGAGGAAAUGUCAGAAGAGGAGAAACAAAGACUACUGCUAAAGAGGAGAAUGCUUGCAGCAAAACUUAAAGAAGAAGUUAUUAACAAACGCUAAGUUUUAAGAAUCUCAUUGUAAGAAUACUCGUGGACAAGAAUUGAAUUUCUUUUAGAAUAAAUUAUUUAACCAUAAA